GCGCCUGGACAAGGGUGACGGGAAGCGGGAGCAGCGGGGAGACGGAGCGCAUGCCGCCGGUACAGAUAUCGUGCAGUCCCCGCUCUGCCUCCAGUGCUGCCUCUCGGCCGCGGACUGACAUCGCUCCCCGAGCCCACUUCGUCACUCUUCCCUGAAUGACGGGCGGACGGUUCGACUUCGACGAUGGCGGCACUUACUGUGGCGGCUGGGAGGACGGCAAGGCUCACGGGCACGGCAUCUGCACGGGCCCCAAGGGCCAAGGGGAGUACGCGGGCUCCUGGUCCCACGGCUUCGAGGUAGUGGGAGCUUACACCUGGCCCAGCGGCAACACCUACCUGGGCUACUGGGCUCAGGGCAAGAGGCAUGGUCUGGGCGUGGAGACCAAGGGCAGGUGGAUGUACCGGGGGGAAUGGUCUCACGGAUUCAAGGGGCGAUACGGAGUCCGUCAGAGCCUGACCACGCCGGCCAGGUACGAUGGGACCUGGAGUAACGGGCUGCAGGAUGGAUACGGCAUCGAGACCUACGGAGAUGGAGGCACAUACCAAGGACAGUGGAUGGGGGGAAUGAGACAUGGGCAUGGAGUCCGCCAGAGUGUUCCGUACGGAAUGGCUACAGUUAUUCGCUCGCCACUCAGAACCUCCUUGUCUUCGCUGCGCAGUGAGCAAAGCAAUGGUACCGUACUACACGAUAUUGGAGCCGACAGUCCAGCUGGGACACGUGGAGGUUUUGUUUUGAAUUUUCACAGUGACUCUGAGCUGGUAACUGGCAAGAAGAAAGGUUUAUUCAGAAGAGGAUCUCUGCUUGGUAGCAUUAAACUCAGGAAAUCUGAGUCCAAGAUCUCCAUAUCUAGUAAGCGCAGCUCAGUAAGGAGUGAUGCCGCCAUGAGCAGAAUUAGUUCAAGCGAUGCCAACUCCACCAUUAGCUUUGGAGAUGGAGACUGUGACUAUUGCCCGAUAGAAGAUCAUGUAGAUGCCACAACCACAGAAACCUACAUGGGAGAAUGGAAGAACGACAAGCGCACCGGGUUUGGUGUCAGUGAGCGCUCAAAUGGCAUGAAAUAUGAAGGUGAAUGGAUGAAUAAUAGGAGGCAUGGAUAUGGAUGUACCAUAUUUCCAGAUGGCACAAAGGAAGAAGGAAAGUAUAAAAACAAUGUAUUAGUGCGUGGAAUAAGGAAGCAGCUUAUUCCAAUAAAGAACACAAAAACGAAGGAGAAAGUAGACCGUGCGAUUGAGGGUGCCCAGAGAGCAGCUGGUGUGGCAAGGACUAAAGUGGAGAUAGCUGCCUCGAGGACAGCGCACGCUCGUGCCAAAGCGGAUGCGGCGGAUCAAGCCAGCCAGGCCGCACGACAGGAGUCCGACAUUGCAAGAGCUGUAGCCCGAGAGCUGUCUCCAAGCUUCCAUCAGCCAGGUCCAGAUUACCUCAGGCAAAAGUUUCAGGAAGUUGUUGAAAUAAAAGAAAACAUUGAAGAAAAAUUGCCGAAGAAACCGCCAUCCCCCAAGGAUUCGCCACAUUUUUACAGAAAGGGCACAACCCCACCGAGAACACCAGAGGAGAGGAGAAGGCCCGCGUCGCAGUCCUCGCCACAACAAGCAAAGAGGAAAAAUUCUAGCUCCGCAGCACCUCAAAUUCUUGGAGGAAAAAGUUCCUCAAGCGAGAAUCUUCCAGUAUCUUCCACCAAGCCUUUGUCUCCUAAGGUUCCUGUGAAAGAAGAGGUUGUUGCAAAACCGUCUCCAAAGGGUUCAUUUGGCCAUAACCCUAGCACUACUGGCAAUGGGGACCUGCGUGGCGACUAUCAUGAAUACUUUGUAAAAAGUCCUGCACAGUUGUCUUCAGAGCGAAAAGAAAAUGCCAACUCAUCAAAAUCAUCUGCAUUAGCACGCACGCCACAGUCCCAAACACCGAGCCCCAAAAAGCCUGUGACAAAGCCUGAUGCCAAAGAGAGCAGACCUGAGCCAAAAGUCAAGAAGUCCGAUACUGUGGCACCAAAGAAACAUGCCAAUAAUAAAUUGCCUUCUGUCAAUGGAGUGAACUCUAGACCCAGUUCAGUCUUGAUUGCAUUAGUCAUGCUUCUGAAUGUCGGAUUAGCCAUACUUUUUGUCCAUUUUCUUACCUGAUUGAGGAUGUUGCUGAGCAAGGACGUUUAGACAACCGGAGAUGUUGGCACACUGUUCCCGUUACUGGUGCCUUAAGCUGUUUUUAUGGCACCAGAUAUUUCUGGCUACGAGAAAAAGGCGGCUUGGAUUUACAGUGGGAAGGAAGACUGUGAAAUUUUGGGAAAAAUACAUGUAUGUCAGCCGGCAAGCCUGUUCAGAUCUUUUGCUAGUGAUGUAUGGCUCUUAAGGUCCUCCGCCAUGUUGGAAGACAAAAGGAAAUCUGCUGAAACAGCCUAGUCAGAGAAGAUGGCGGCGGCACCGUCUGUCCCAGCAGAGUGUGAUUGAACUGGAAAUGUACGAAGCUGCACUUUUAGUUGAUGGAAGCGAACAGCUGCCUUACUAUUUUUCCGUGUGACGUUUAUGGAGUGGAGAUGGGAGAGCGGCUGCCAGAGGAAUUUGCUCCGAGGGUUCGGUUGCUGUGGAUGCGAUUCCAGAGUUGACUCCCGUCUCGGAGGGAAUAGUUUGCAGCAUCACUCACCAGUCUUAUUCCAUUACCUGCUGCUUUUUACAUCUCCCGCAGAGUUCUGGAAGAUAGAAUUUCAUUUGCUUGUGCGUGGAUGUUUAUUUCUUUGUUUAUUUAAACCAUAAAUAUUAUUUAUACCCGUAACAGGUAGCGCUCACUCAGAAGGCAGGGUUGGCGGGGCGAAUGGCAUAACACCAGAAUUUCCUGUAAAAUCUGCUAUCUCUAUUUUUUUUAAACAUACUUUUUCUGACUCCUUUUAAAAGAAAUCUUUACAGUGUUCAUGACUUUCAGGUUAUUUGCGUUAUCCCAGUACACCCGCGUUACUGUAAAUUGCUGAUCAUAGGUUUUCAAUUUGUAUUUCAAGAUGAACUUUAAUUGCAUUUAGCUGGUUUAAUGCACAUAGUCAGAUUGUCAAUACUAAAUCUAUUGGCUCCCGAUACCUUAUAGGGGGUAGAUUGUGGUUUAAUUAUUUUGUAUGCAUACACACGUACUAUUGGUGUUUUUUUUUUUCUUUUUUUUUUUUUUUUCAAAGGUUACUAUGUAUUUCAUAAGUGUAUCUAGAUAUGUAUAAAUCUUUACAUAUGCAUCUGGGUAAAUACACACAUCUAUAUGUAUAUUAAUGUACACUGAGUGGAUUAUAUGGAGGAUUUCUAGUUAACUUGUUAUAGAGAAUAAGCGUGAAGCACAAUAAUUUGCAGAAAAAGGAAAAACUAUUUCUAAAAGCAUUUAGUGUCUUAAAUGGAUUUUAAGAUCCCCGUUUCACAUAUAUAAAUGUGCUGCCACUCAUAAUACGACAAAUUAGUAUAUUUUCUACUAUUUUGGAAGCAUGUUUUGUAUAAUUGCGUAUGUGGUGUGAUUUCUUUAAAACAAAAAAUACACAAACUAUUUUAAAGCAUUACUCAGAAGAAAUAAAAAGGGCUUGGAUGAAUGAAUCCGUUGAUCUCCAUCGAGAAAUGUCCCAGCUUUUUGAUCUGUAACCAUUUUAAGUAGCGUGCAUGGCUUAAUAGAGACGAAGAAUAUUGCUGGCUUUAGAAAUCCUUUGAAGUGUCAUAUUAAGCAUGGCCUGAAUGUUUUAAGUCUGAAAUAGGUAUAAAAAAAAAACCAGGACAGAAGCACAGUUAUUUUUGCAGAUGUGCUCUUUAAAUCCCUUGGUGUGAUCUACAGCUUGUAACGAGAGAGUCAUUUUAUAAAUUAAAUAAUUUGUAUAUUAAAUGUAGUCUUUCUAGUUUUAGUAAGAGAAUAAUAAAACACUAAAGUGUUGUUUAAGCUUUUAUAUAUACAUAACAAAUUAUUUGCUUCCCUAGAGACCUUCUAGGAGAGGCGGAAGUUCUACAUUUCUUACUGAAAUCCUAAUUUAUUUUAGAUGUGUCCCAUAAUUUAUUCUUUGGAUAUAAUGGGAAAUAAAACGGCUUAUGACAAAAUGUUUGUUAAUUAAAUGUUUAUAAAAAAUACAAAUAAACGUUCAAUUUAUAUGUUUGAUUUCUAGGCGUUUAUAAAAGAAAGCUGAAACAGAAAUUGUUGGUAUUUUUCUAAACUGUGCACAGCUUUAUUUUACAUAAAAAAAGGCUAUUUAUAAUUGGUUGUUUUAUGGUACACUAAAAUUUGGACAGCAAGUUGGGUCUGCCAGUGUACUCACCGAUGUAAUAUUGUCUAUUUAAGAUUUCUUUUUGCUGUGAAGAUAGAUCUUUAUUUACAUGGUUCCUUAUUUAUAAUCCUAAUCCCAAAAUGUUUAGUUUACAGUUUUCAAAAUGUUUCCUGAGUCAAUAAAAUUGUUCCUUUAAACAAAAUAA